AUGGCCCCUGUUGGAAAGAAUUAUAUACCCCCCAACCGCCCCGGCUCUCCUGGCUUUUUAUCUUCAGAUUUCUUCAAACAACAGGUUGCGAAACAACGUAACAAUAACUACCAUUCCUCAUCACUCAAAACAAUGGUUGCCACUUCAGUAAACCGCACUGCCCUGCACCCAGGUGGUGUCCAACCCAGCAAAGGUCACACCGAGCUCGAGGAGGAGCUGCACGAGACUGCGCACAUUGACUACGACCGAGUGGCAAUUAUUGCCAACCCCGCUGUCCCUGCUCUCUACGAAGAUGCCCUUGUCUACGAAACUGGCUCUGCCAUCACCUCAAGUGGUGCUUUGAGUGCCUACUCCGGUGCUAAGACUGGUCGCUCACCAUCAGACAAGCGUAUUGUUCAAGAAGAAUCGUCUGAGAAGGAUGUUUGGUGGGGACCCGUGAACAAGCCCAUGACCCAGGAUGUGUGGCGCAUCAACCGUGAGCGUGCUGUCGACUACCUGAACACCCGAAACCGCAUCUAUGUUAUUGAUGGGUUUGCUGGCUGGGAUGAGCGCUACCGCAUUCGCGUGCGUGUCGUCUGUGCCCGUGCCUACCAUGCUCUCUUCAUGCGAAACAUGUUGAUUCGCCCAAGCCGUGAGGAGCUUGAGCACUUCCACCCCGACUAUGUUAUCUACAACGCCGGCUCUUUCCCUGCCAACCGCUUCACUGAGGGUAUGACCUCGGCCACCUCUGUCGCCAUCAACUUCGCUGAGAAGGAGAUGGUCAUCCUGGGUACUGAGUACGCCGGUGAGAUGAAGAAGGGUAUCUUCACCGUUCUCUACUACGAGAUGCCCGUCAAGCACAACGUCCUGACUCUCCACUCGUCUGCCAACGAGGGUGAGAACGGUGAUGUUACCGUCUUCUUCGGUCUGUCCGGUACUGGCAAGACCACUCUGUCUGCCGACCCCAAGCGUAAGCUGAUUGGCGACGACGAGCACUGCUGGACCGACACCGGUGUCUUCAACAUCGAGGGUGGUUGCUACGCCAAGUGCAUUGGUCUCUCCGCCGAGAAGGAGCCCGAUAUUUUCAACGCCAUCCGCUUCGGAUCCGUCCUCGAGAACGUGGUCUUCGACCCUCUCACCCGUGUGGUCGACUAUGAUGACUCUACCCUGACCGAGAACACUCGCUGCGCUUACCCCAUUGAGUACAUCGAGAACGCCAAGAUCCCUUGCAAGAGCGACAGCCACCCUACCAACAUUAUCCUGCUUACUUGUGAUGCUCGUGGUGUCCUGCCCCCCAUUUCCAAGCUCACUCCCGAGCAGACCAUGUUCCACUUCAUCUCUGGUUACACCUCCAAGAUGGCCGGUACCGAGGAUGGCGUCACCGAGCCCCAGGCUACCUUCUCUUCUUGCUUCGCUCAGCCCUUCCUUGCUCUGCACCCCAUGCGCUACGCUAGCAUGCUUGCCGACAAGAUCAAGGAACACAAGGCGAACGCCUGGUUGCUCAACACCGGUUGGGUCGGUGCCGGUGCCACCACCGGUGGAAAGCGUUGCCCGCUCAAGUACACCCGUGCCAUCCUCGACGCCAUCCACAGCGGUGAACUCGCCAACGCCAAGUACGAGACCUACGAGACUUUCAACCUCCCAGUCCCCACUUCCUGCACCGGUGUUCCCAACGAGCUUCUCAACCCCAAGAACAGCUGGACCGCCUCCACCUCCUUCAAGGAUGAGGUCACCAAGCUCGCUACCCUCUUCAACGAGAACUUCAAGAAGUACUCCGAUGAGGCUACUCCCGAGGUCCUUGCUGCCGCUCCCCAGGUCUAA